AUGAGUAUUGUCAAUGAGCAAUUAAUUAAUCAUGAAAAAGGAACAGAUAUUCGUAAAUCAGCAGAGGAAAUGGAUGAACAGCGUCAUAAGACAGUUGCUUAUGAAUAUCUCUGUCAUUUAGAAGAAGCUAAAAAAUGGAUGGAAGCUUGUCUUAGAGAAACACUUCCAUCAACAACUGAACUAGAAGAAAAUUUAAGAAAUGGAGUAUAUUUAGCUAAACUUGCUCAUUUUAUGGCACCUGAAUCUUUGCCUAUUCACAAAAUAUAUGAUCCUGAACAAAAACGUUAUACAGCAAUUGGUUUACAAUUUAGACAUACAGAUAAUAUUAAUUAUUUUCUAAAAGCCUUAAAAUCUAUGCAAUUACCAUUAACUUUUCAACCAGAAACAACAGAUAUUUAUGAUAAAAAAAAUAUGCCUCGUGUAAUAUAUUGUAUUCAUGCUCUGAGUACUCAUUUAUUUAAGCUGGGUAAAGCUCCACAAAUUCAAGAUUUAUAUGGAAAAGUGAAUUUUACUGAGGAAGAAAUAAAUAUAGUCAGUAAAGAAUUAAAAAAAUAUGGAAUACAAAUGCCUUCAUUUCAAAAAAUUGGUGGUUUAUUAACAAAUAGCAUGGAGAUUGAUGCAGUAACACUUCAUGCUGCAAUAAUAGCUAUUAAUCAAGCUAUUAUAGAAAAGAAUAAUGAUAAAAUAUUGACUACACUUCAAAAUAAAGUAGUACAAUUAAAAAAUAUUAUGUCAUGUUAUAUUAAGAAAUAUAGUGAUACUUUAUUUGAAGCAAAGGAAUCUAAAAUACAAGCUGCUCUUAAUAGAUCUCUUAAUGAUAGUUAUGUACCAGAUAUAUAUGAUGAAUUGUUGACUCAGGUAGAAAUUCAGGGUCAUAUUAAUUACGUUAAUAUUCAUUGUGCCAUGGAAGAUAUAAUUCAAUCUAUUCAUUCUAAAAAUAAUGAUUUUAUGGAUAAAUUAAAAAUAUCUACAUUGUGUUUAAAAAAUAUUAUUGAUGAGAAUGCACAAUUAUAUAAAGAACAAUUAAUGCAAUUAUUAGAAAGUUCUGAAUGGAACAAUAUAUAUUCAGAGAGUAAUCAGCAUCAUUGGAAACAACUACUUCAAAAGAAAAUUGAUGAAGUAAAUAAAAUGGCAUUUAAAUCUCAAAAACGAGAUGAAAGUAUAAAGUUUUUAAAUUUAACAUUACAAAAUAACACACGAAAUGAUUUCUCUAAAGCUUUAAAAAAUCCAGAUCUAGGAUUAAUGGACAAAAUUGAUGAUUUUGCAAUACCAUUAUAUUAUGAAGAAAUGAGAGCUGAUUGCAUUGAAUCUCAGAAUAUUCUUUCAUAUAAUGAUAUUAAGGUCAGUAUUCGAGUUUUAUCAUCGAUUGCAAAAAUUACUAAAGCUAUAGACACGGGUAAUCCAGAUUUAGUUUACCAAGCAUUAACAAAUCCAGAUUGUCAUUUUUCUGAAAUAGAUCAAGAAAAUAAGGUAAAAUAUUAUAGAAUAUUAGUAACAGCUCGAUGUAAAAAGCAAAAUGAAGAAUGUCCUGUAUUAACAUAUAUUGAUAUUCAAGAUUGCAUUGAUAUUGUCAACCAACAAUGUCAAAAUGAUGAUCAAGUAAUACAAGUGUUACGUCAAUUAAACUUAAGUAUUGUAGAAAAUGAUCGAAAUAAUGUCAUAGCUGCUUUAAAAGAUAGUGCAUUAAAAUUACAAAAAGAUACUUCAGCUACUUUGCCAAAAGAUGCAUCUCUUUAUUUGAAAUUAUUUAAAAAAUGUCUUAAAGAAAAACAUUCUGAUGGUUCUGAAUUAUGGCUGGAAGAUGUAGAAAAUAUAACAAGAAUUGUUGUCUCAGAAUCUGAAAAUGUUCAAAAUGUUUGCACAUUUUUAUCACAAGUUAAUUUAGGAUUAAAACAAAAUAAUAUGUUAUUCACAAUCGAUUGUAUUCGAGCAUUUGGUUUUACAAUACCAGAAAAAUACAAAACAGAAUGUUUUAAAAGUUUAUACAAUUUAAAAAAUACUAAGGAAAAAAAUUAUAAUUGUGCAUUUGUUUAUUAUAUUACUCCUAAUAAUAAUGAAUCAUAUCUAGAUUUGCAGAAGUACAAUUACACCUGGGACUGUCCCAAAAAUAUGUCUGAAACAUUUUAUAUUAAUAUGGAAGAUAUAAAAGAAAUAAUAAAAAAUACUAUAAUAAGAGAACAUGAAGAGCAUAAAAUAAGUAAAAAGAUAAUUCGAUUUCAAGCUUAUAUUCGUGGAUAUUUAUUAAGAAAAAAAAUUUCUGAUAGAUUUACAUAUUUUUACGAUAAUAUAGAUAAAAUUAUUAAAAUACAAGCUUGGUGGAGAAGUAUAAUACAACAAAAACGAUAUAUGAAAUUAUUAGAAGAGAAAAGAAAAUUUAAUGAAAAAGAAUUUCAAAAUACAUAUUUGGAAGUGAAAGCUAAAUAUAUAAAUGUAUUGGAUUAUUAUAAAGAACAAGAAGAAAAAAUUAUAAAAAUACAGGCCAUGUGGCGUGGUCGUGCUGAAAGACGCGCUUUCCAUUCAUUAUUAUAUAUGGAAAAACCACCAUUUCCUGUUGUUCGUCAUUUUUCCGCGAUUCUAAAUUUUAAUGCGGAAGAUUAUGACAAAGAUUUACAGUUACAACAUUUAAAACACGAAGUUGUACAAAGUAUACGACAUAAUCAGAUAUUAUCACAACAAUUAGAUAGUAUGGAUAUAAAAAUUGGCUUACUUAUACAAAAUAGAAUUACGUUGCAAGAUGUUGUAGCUCAUGGAAAAAGCUUAGAAACACUUGCAAAGCAAAAACAUUCCAAUAGGGAGCAACGAAGUUCUUUAUCAGAUGGUAUUAAUUCACAUAAAGGUUUAAAAUCAUUAACUAAAGAAGGUCGAAAAAUGUUGGAAGGUUAUCAACAUUUAUUUUAUGCUUUACAAACUAAUCCAACAUACUUAUCAAAACUUUUGUUUCUUUUACCUCAAAGUAAAACAAAUAAAUUUCUUCAAAAUGUAAUUUUAACAUUAUUUAAUUUCGGAUCAAAUAUUAGAGAAGAAUAUUUAUUGUUAAAAUUAUUUGGGAGUGCAUUAAAAGAAGAAAUCAGGUGUAAGUUUCAAAAACCAUCUGAAGUUGUUACCGGAAAUCCUCUUGUUUUAAAAAUGGUAGUGAAUUAUGCGCGGCAAUUAAAUGGUCAAAGAGCUUUAAGACAAAUUGUUGGACCAAUUAUUGAAAAAAUUUUAGCUGAUAGAACAUUAAAUAUAGAAACAAAUCCUAUUGAUAUUUAUAAAUGUUGGCGAAAUCAAUUAGAAAUGGAAACAGGAGAAACAUUAAAUUUGCCUUAUACGGUAACACAAGAACAAGCUUUAAAUUAUGAACAAGUACGAAUUAGACUAAAUAAGGGAAUACAAUUAUUGCAAAGUACUGUUUUAGAAUUUUUAACUAAAAUAACUGAAUCAAGAGAUUUAAUACCAUAUGGAAUGUUAUAUAUGGCUAAAAUUUUAAAUGAUUCUUUAACUGAAAAAUUCCCAAAUGCCCCAGAAAAAGAUAUUUUAAAAGUAGUGGGAAAUUUGAUUUAUUAUCAUUUCAUAAAUGCAGCUAUUGUAGCUCCAGAUGCUUUUGAUAUAAUUACAUUACCUAUUGAUAGAUCAUUAUCAAAUGAUCAACGAAGAAAUUUAGCUAGUAUUGCAAAAAUUUUACAAUUUGCUGCUUCUAAAAAAGGAUUUGGUGAAGAGGCUACACAUUUAGUCUGUUUAAAUCCAUUUAUAAUUGAAUGUCAUGAAAAAUUUAAAAGUUUUUUUCGUUACUGUUGUCAAAUUGAAGAUUUAGAAGAACAUUUUUGUAUUCACGAAUAUACAGAAGCCACACUCAUUCAAAAACCUGAAAUUUAUAUUUCACUACAAGAAAUUUGUGAUACUCAUUGCCUCAUGUUAGAAUAUCAAGAUCAAAUAGCACCAGAUCCAUUAGAUUCCUUGCAUGAUUUAUUGGAUGAUUUAGGUCCUGCACCAACUGUUGCUUCUUUACUUGGGAUCUCUGAUAGUAUAUGCGAGACAAAUUUAAUGCGCUUUGGGAAAACAGAAGUAUGUCUCGUACUUACUAAUAAAUUUCAAAUACCAGAAGAUGAAGAUGUUAGUCUAAACAAACUUUUUAUAAAAACGAAAGAAUUAUUAGUUUCUGUACUACAAUUUUUGAAAGGUCAAACAUUAGUUGAAGCUUUAGAAACUAUAUGUUCUCCUAUACAAGAAAAAUUAUAUGAUGUAAAGUGCUCCAGUUUAUCACCUACUUUAAAUAUCAUUCAUAAAAGUUCGUCCUUAAAUGAUUGUAAACUUCAGUUACGAGCGUAUCUUAAUAAACUUGAACUUGGCGGAUGGGUCAGUCAAAUAGAUGGAUAUCAAAAUAUUAUAACUGCAGUGGCCAAAGAUCUUUGUAACAAAGGAAAAUAUCGAAUAAUACGAAAUAAAGAAUUACAGACAUUACGUACAACUAAACAAAGAUUAGAAGAAAAAUGUAAAUAUUAUCAAGAACAAGUAGAAUAUUAUAAUGAAUAUAUACAACGUUGUUUGGAAAAUUUACACACCGGAAAAGGAUCAUUACAAGCAUUUAAAGCUAUUCAAAAAAAUAAUCAUGUUAAAUUAAGAUCUAAAAUGACAUUAAAAUAUUCUGCAUCCAAAUUACAAGAAAAAGGAGUAUUAUUAGAAGUUGAUGGACUUCCCCAAUCACAAUUUAAAAAUGUAAUUUUCGAAAUAAGUCCAACAGAACAUACCGGUCUUUUUAGCGUACGUUGCAAAUUUAUGGGAGUAGAAAUGGAAAAAGUUGAUAUCGAUAUACAAAAGUUACUUGAAUUACAAUUCGAAGGUGCACCAAUUAUGGAUAUGUUUGGAAAAGCAAAAAUUAAUGUAAAUUUAUUGUUAUAUUUAUUAAAUCGAAAAUUUUAUGGUAAAACUUAAAGAAACAAAUUAAAUUAUGUAAAUUUAUAAAUAUGACAACUAUGCAUUAUGUUCUUAUGAGAUUUUAAACGAAGAUAUGUUAAAUCUUAAAUUUUGUAUAGUUUAUAGAAAUUUUAGAUUUACAAAAUUUAUAGAAAGAGAGAGAGAGAGA